GUACACAGCCCCGAAGCCGCACGAGCAGAGCGCGCGCUCCACAGUGCAGUUCUGAUUACAGUCAGGCUUUUACACCUACAAUGUAAGCGCGCGCUCCUUCAUUUUUUAAGUUUAUUUUUUUUGUGUUUGUGUGCAACAGUGUGUUUUUUUUUUCCCCACCUGUAUUGUUUAUUGUGAUUGGAUUAAUCUUUGGAAAAGACAGAAGAAACCGGAGAGCACCCAACGUCUGCGGGAACUAUGUGAAGAUUUCGUGAGACAUCCUUGGCCGCAGUGUUCCCUCCUCAGCGGCAGACAUGAAGUCUGUUCUGGAUGGCGUGGCGGACACCACCUUCAGGACCAUCACCUCAGGGCUUCAGUACCUUGGGUCCAAUGACGCCAGCUACGAUGACCCCGCGAUCAAUGCUGAUUUUGUCAAGGGCAGCUACUCCUUUCAGAAGCCGCCGUCUGCAUUCCGCAGCAGCUCCUUCCCGGGUAAAGUUGGCCCGGACGAGGAACUCAUCAUUAAAGGGCUUCCCUUUUAUCCCACCAAUGGCACAGAUCUGUUUGGGAACCAGAGCCUUGGGGAGGAAGGGGCCAGUGUGCAGUGUGGGGAAAACUUCAUGGAAAUGGAGUGCUUCAUGAUCCUGACUCCGAGUCAGCAGUUGGCCGUUGCGGUCAUGUCUCUGACACUGGGUACCUUCACGGUUCUGGAGAACCUGUUGGUUCUGUGUGUCAUCUUGCACUCACGCACUCUGCGCUGCAGACCUUCUUAUCACUUCAUUGGUAGCCUGGCCAUGGCAGAUUUGAUAGGCAGUGUCAUUUUUGUCUACAGUUUCUUGGAAUUCCACAUUUUUCAGCACAAAGAUACUCCUAACGUUUUUCUGUUUAAGCUCGGAGGUGUCACGGCAUCCUUCACUGCUUCUGUUGGGAGUCUCUUUCUCACAGCCAUCGAUCGAUAUAUCUCAAUCCAUCGUCCUCUGGCCUAUCGGCGUAUCGUGACUCGAACCAAGGCAGUGAUCGCUUUCUGCAUGAUGUGGGCCAUUUCCAUCUUCAUUGCAGUGCUUCCACUUCUCGGAUGGAACUGCAUAACCUUGACCUCCGUGUGUUCAGACAUCUUCCCGCUGAUUGAUGAACAUUACCUGAUGUUCUGGAUUGGCAUGACGAGCAUCCUUUUGAUUUUCAUCAUCUACGCGUACAUGUACAUCCUGUGGAGGGCCCACCACCAUGCUGUACGAAUGCUUAGUCGGACCUCGCAGAAAAGUCUGGUGGUUUACUCCACAGAUGGCACCAAGGUUCAGACCACCCGACCCGAGCAAGCCCGAAUGGACAUUCGCCUUGCCAAGACGCUCGUGCUCAUUCUGGUGGUUCUGGUGAUCUGCUGGGGCCCCUUGCUGGCCAUCAUGGUGUACGACCUUUUCUGGAAGAUGAACGACGACAUCAAGACAGUCUUUGCGUUCUGCUCCUUGCUCUGCUUGCUUAACUCCACCGUGAACCCCAUCAUUUAUGCAAUGAGGAGUAAGGACCUGCGCCGGGCCUUUAUGGCCAUCUGUCAGAGCUGCAGGAGCAGCAGCAGCAUCUCACAGCAGCUGGAUAACAGCCUGGAGUCGGACUGCCAGAACCGCAACCUGCAGAUCCAUGCCAAACGAGCGGCUGAGAGCUGUGUCAAGACCACUGUGAAAAUAGCCAAAGUGACCAUGUCCGUCUCCACCGACACCUCGGCUGAAGCCGUCUAACGCCCUGGGCAGUUCUUGGGACGUGAAAAAAAAAAAAUGGAAAAGGAAUGAUAAAAGCCAUGUGCUCAAUAUUGGCAUGAGAGCAUGUCCAUUUCAAGUUCAACUGUGGAUCAAUUUGUGACUCGAACAAUCCAAUAUUUAAUCGACAAAAGACAAUAAUGGGACAAGAGGGGGGGGGGGUUCUAACUCAGCACAAAGGGGGCAGGGUCAUUCAUUUCCAUUUUUUGAAUGACGUGCGCCACUGUGGCAUCUUAGUAUUAAAGUGCCAAAAUCGUUCUCUGAAGUGAGGGCAUCAUUCUCAAUCAUGGCAUCAGUUCUUGCAUUGGGACUCUUACUGUGUUUGUUGUGCCAUAUCAAUCAUGCGUGGAUGUCGUGAAUGUUCUCAUGAAGGCUUACUAUAUUUUUAUACUUUGAAAAAUCAGGUUCUUGAACAAUUAUUAUCUUCUCUCAUUUGGGACAAGGGGCUAUUGAUCUUAUCUUUUUCGUAUGACGACGUUUAAGAUGUAAUGUAUGAAGAUAUUGUAAAUACCUGGUAAUACACUGUACUAUAUGUAUAAUCUGUUGAGUAGUGCUUUAAGAUCAAUCGCAAAUCUCGCACUUAUCCGUGAGGUAUGUCUGUUAGUAAUGGUAGUGACACUUACAAACGUUGGGGGACUGUCCUCCAGAACAAAUAUACGGUAACAUGUAAAAAAAAAAAAAAAGUGUGAAUAUUGACUUGAAUAUUGUUCAUUAUCGUGUUAAGUCUUAAUUUAUGUGCCGUUGUUCUGAGCUCUUUAGGACUCCUAUCCUAUUGUUGCUUUUGGGUCUUCUGACUGUUCCAGAGACAGAAUUUUCCUUUAUGGAUCGACUGUUUAGUAAAAUGUGCCGUUUGCUUUGGUACAGUUUGUCGUGUUUAGUGCAUGAUGUGCUGGUUUCUUGAACCCAGAAGGAAGAUAAUGGUGAAAUCACCAGAAGAAGGAAACCUUCCUGUCCUGGUUAACCAACCACAUGGGCUACACUGACCUACAGGAGCAGGGAAAAUACAUGGACAUCUUCGAGUUUAACCAGAAAGUGUAAAUCUUGCUAUUCAUUAAUAACAAUAUUAAACUGUAACGUGGUGUUAUUUUGUGGUUUCUGUUACUGGUGUGGUCAAAAAAAAAACGGGUUAGUCCGUGUUAUGUCUUCUUUUUUUAUUUUGUAUUUUUUUUAUUAUUAUUAUGCAGAACAGUCUCUGGAAUGACGAUUACGUUUCAGAUUUGUUGGAAAUGUUGAUAGGUUUAAAUGGCAAUACUAAUAAUGAUCUCGAGAAAAUGUAAAAACCAGAGACUGAAAAUCAAUCAAUCCAGCUAUACCAUAUUUUAUGUAUUGUGAUAUUAAAAGUAAUGAGAUCAAUCCAAAACUGUUAUGUAUAGCAUUUUUUUUGCUAUACAAAAAAAAAAAAAAGGCAAAACAUUUGCAAGGUUGUGUUAAGAUGGUGAAAAUAUGGUGUGCUGGCUACACCUCGGAUAAGAUAAACGUGUUGGAAAAAAAAUCGAUCAUGGCCGCAGUCGAGUCCUAAAAUAGCAGCAUAAAUAUUAUCUCAUUGCAUCCAAUGCAUCUGGAAGAGCAACCUAUUUUUCCCUAACGCUUCCGCUGUAUAGAUUUGUAAUUAUACAGUGUAUAUUCUAAGAACAAGGUGACUCCGCAGAGCAUGGCGAAUGGGGUCCCUGUGACAGGGCUGAGGUCUAAUAGAUUAAUAUUACAUAUUAAGUCUUGACACAAUCUUUAGUAAUGAUUCGAUAUUGAAUAGCACUUUCCCAUCUCUUCUUCUCAUUUUAAAUAAUUAUAGGCUAGAUUUGCACAAAUGUAACCCUGGCAUUCGGCUAAAUUACGCCAUCAAAAGGGAAUCCUGGAUUUCAGUGCUGAUUAGCUGAUGUCAGACAUGAUCCUUAACUUCCUUACUGACUCUCUGCUUUUUCUGCCAAUAUUGUAUGUGAAGUGGAGAUUAAACACUGGAAAACCCUUCAAAUGACUUCUGUUCCAAAGUGGCACACGGUCUGUACAUGUUGAUGCUGUGACGACUUGUAAAUAAACGCUUUUCAAUGUGGUCUGCUUUAAGAUUUUCAAUAAAGUCACA